CACAGGAACAGGCUAAGAAGAAUGCAAGUGUCCAAGAGCUGCUGUGACAGAUUAUCUGUCCAAAUUUAGAAAUGCACUGUAAACUCAUACAACAACAAAAGAAUCAAUAUUUAAAUGUAAAACAGCAAUGAGUGCAGAUUUGGGAGCUGCAGGAAAAUGUCAGUCCUUACAAAUCUUAAAAAGCCACAUGAAAAAGGGAAGGAAAUAUUGCAAUCAAAGCAGUUUGAGGACUUGCAGCAUCAUCGUGGAGUAGAAGAAAGUUAUACCAGUACUACAAAGCAGGAUAAGAGUAAAACAAAAAUUAUUAUACAUCUACAAAAUGCCUCAACUGACAAGCAUGACAGCAGCUCACUGCAACACAAUGCUGCAGGUUCAACCAGAAACCAUUCUAGAAAGAAGACUGGAGGAUGUGAUGCUGCAUGUCCCAGCCUUAGAAACAUCCAGAAUGUGAACAUUGGUAGAAAUGAUCUCCUUGCGCAUCAGAAAAAUAUUUCAAAUGCCAGUUACCCUGAAACCCUGAAAAUGGCAAAACAAGGAGUAGUAAAAGAGAAAGCAGUAGUUAGACAUAAAUCUAAGGAGCACAUUGAAAUGGUGUUGAAUGAACCAAGACUUCUUCUCGCUGUUGUGAAACCUUUUGGUUUACGGAUCCUCCGUUGUGCAUCAACACCAGCUCAAGUUACUCGAAAUAAAUAUUCUCAAAAUGUUAAAACAAGGCAAAAACAUUCAAGCUUGAAAUUACAGGUGCCUACAGUACCUAGGAAAAAAUGUAUAGAACACAUAGACAACAGACUGGAGAACUCAGAGAACCAAAUCUUAAAAGAAUGGUUACAAGAGAAAAAUAAACUGCUAAAAAAAGAAAGAAGAGCCAAGCGGAAAGAAAAGAAGGCAAAUCAAAGGGAAAAAAAGAAACAAGAAAAAGAAAGGCAAGCAAAAAAAGAGGAGUCUGAUGAACUUGUACAAGAAUGGAUGGAAAAGAAAAGAAAGCUUAUUAGGCAGAGACAGGGCAAGACAAAUGAAGAUCCAGUCCUGACGCCAGCUUCUAAAUUGCCUGUUUCAGGACUAAGCCAUCCUGUUCCCAGUGCUCACUGUGUUUCUCAAAAACAUAACAAAUUACCACAGAAAACAAGGCUGCAAAGAUGUACACAUGCUUCCUUGGUAGUAGCCAAUAAAAUCAUUCAUGAAUCAGAACAGCUGCCAUCUGCUACUAUAAAUGAAAAUCAUAGUCUGACUUCAAGUACCAAUAAAUUAGGUCUCCGUGCCACUACAGAAACUCCUCAGGUUCAUGAUAUUAAUCAGGUUAUUGCAGCCUGUGACAUAAAAACAACUCAGCCUUUAGUUCUGGAUGCCAUUAGGUCUAAAGUAUCAUACCAGAAACAAGUAUUGCAAGGAGACACUAAAACUGAUAAAAAACAGAGUGUCUUAGAAUCUUCCAAAGCUUCCUCCAAGAUGUCCAGUGCUGGUGAAGACAUACAGAACAAUAUCAAACUCAGGGCCCAAAAGGAUAAAGAAGAGACUUCUUCAGCAAGCAACAUUGUGGUAACUAAAAUAAGACAAUCUACAAAAAUGUCUUCAACAGGAGAUGUAGCCCAGAAUGAAAGACGUCAGGCAGUAGAAGGUCAACAUAGACAUAAGCUGUCAUUUGAGCAAUGGGUGCAGAAAAAAACAGAGGAAAUGAAAGAGAACAAAAAGAAAAUAAAGGAGGAACAGGCUGACAUAGACAAUGAACUUCAGCACAUUGUUCCAAAACUUGCUAGGAGAAGAGUCGAAGCCAUUCUGCAGAACAAAAAAAGAGUGGAUACUGGAAUAUCAUCUGAGCGCUCAGAGAAUUUCAAGUUCUUGAAUCAAAUCACAGAUGUUCCUGAAACACCUAAAUGGGUUGAACGAACUGGUCUUACACCUGCAGUUGUACAAAGAUUUAUGCAGAGACUACAAAAAGAUGCCAUUGGCAAUGUAUACGGUGAUUCAGUUACAUCGGUCCCACAAAUUAAUGAUGAUCAACCUGAUGGUUCUAAUCCCAUCUGCACUCAAUCUCCACUGUCAAGUAAACGAGAUAGUAACAGAAGAGAAAGUGAACCAGUGAAAACAGAAAAAAUUGCAGAAGGAUUGAGUGCAGACCUUCCUGAAAGACCAGAGCCUCAAGGCUGCGAAAGUCAGGAAUCAAAGGUAGAAAAAGGACCUGCCACUUGAUUUAUAAAAAAAGAUGCCGCUUCUUUGAUAGCUAACAGUGAAUAAUAAAAGCAAAUAAUACACAAGCAGUAAGUAUUACAGAAAUGACAGAGUUUUGCAAAAGCAUAAUUCUGAGAGACAGACCUGGCCUAUCAGCAUUUCGCAAAACUAAAUGUAACCAUGCAGAUCAUCAAUAAGAUGAAAAGGUCGAGUAGUCAACAGACGUGUUCAGCAAAUCAGAAUGCAAAAGGGAUGUAAUUUAGUUCGGUCAACCCACAAUCACCUACACCUUUUUUAUCGUUUAAUAAAGUUCUGAUCAUUUUGAAACUUGAAGUGUUUAUCUUUAUCAUGUCCAUCAGUUGUCUCAUUAAUGCCAUUAGAGGGAUGGCCUUGGUGACAGUGAUAACCCUACUCCCCACCCCACCCAAAAAAAAAUACAGGUAAUGUUGUGCCAUUCUGGAUUAUUCAUAUAUUGCUUUCCACUCACUAACAUUUGUAAAAAAUAAUCGGUGGGUGACAGUUAAAAUGUUUUCUUUUCAUUAAAACAAAUAUUAUAAACCACUUUGCUGUGUUAUGAUAAAAUAUACUUAUUAUGUGUAGGUAUCACUUAUGGUUCUGAGAAAACAGUUAAUAACUUCUGUGAAAUACCUCAGAUGGCACACUGGCAGGCUAGAUGAAUUUCCACAUGACAUUUGUAAAUCAGUGCUUUAAAAUAAGUUUUGAUGCUGGAAUGCUGAACAGAUGCAUAUCAGCAGACUACAGCCCAUUCCAGUGGAGUUAUAUCUCCAGUGUGACAUGACAUUUGUCCAUGUGAGAGCAUACUGAUGAUUAAUUCAGGAAGACUCUGGAAGGCAAACAGAUGCACUACGUAUAUCACAAUGCUGGAGCACAUCCUGUUUCAUCAGCAGUAGAACUAGAUGGAAAUACAGGCCUCUCUAUAAUUCAAAAGUCUCACAUGACCAAAUCCAAUUCACUGAAUCAUGUAACCCUGGACCAAUAAAGGCACCGCCUAAAUGACAGGUCCUUCUUGCAGAAUGACAUACCAUACCAGGGUAUAGGUGAUCGCCUCUUCAGUUUGUGACACUGUGGUAAUUUUAAACAUUGAAGUACCUGAAAAAAUGCCUUUCCUGAAUAAGAAAUGUGAGCAGAUAACAAGCAAGAAUAGUUGCAAUCUCAUUUUAUAGACAUUAUCUAUAAAUACAUGUAGCUCUAUAAAAUAAUUUUGUACCUUGACACCUUCACACUUCUAGCAUCUUUUAAAAUUAUCCAUUCUGUAUGUGAAUCUUGACUAAAAAUGUUAAAUGCAGUUAAUAAAAAAUAUCUCUGUAUGCCUGUCUCCAGAAAGUAUUAAAUGUUUGUGCUUCCUGUA